AUGUCGUCGGUCAAGUACCAGCGCGCCCCGCAGGACGAGCCAGCAGACGAUGAAUACUCCCAGGCACCCCCCGCCUACCAGGCGGGCCCUACAUCCGCGGCCGCGGCCGCUGCGCGCCACGACGAGACGCAGCACCUGUUCGGCGCGCCCCGCAGCAGCGAGGACAACCUCCCCGACGACUUCAAGUUUGGCGGCUCCGUGGCCGAGGCGACGGUGGACAUCCGCAACCAGUUCGUGCGCAAGGUGUACACGAUCCUGACGCUGCAGCUGAUCGCCACCGGGGCCGUGAGCGGCCUGACCUUCUGGAGCGAGGGCUACAAGGCCUGGAUCCAGUCGCACCCGGGCGUCGUGUGGCUCUCGCUCAUCGGGUCCAUGGCCUUCCUCGGCCUCACCUGGUGGAAGCGCAAGUCGUACCCGACCAACCUGCUCUUCCUGUCGGGCUUCACCUUCGCCGAGGCCUACAGCGUCUCCGUCAUCGUCUCCUUCUACAAGGCCUCGGUCGUCCUGCACGCCGUGUUUCUCACCGCCGCCAUCUUCAUCUUCCUCACCCUCUUCGCCUGCCAGACAAAGUACGACUUCACCUCCUGGAUGCCCUACCUCUUCGGCGCCCUGUGGGGGCUCGUCAUGUUCGGCUUCAUGGCCAUCUUCCUCCCCUACAGCUCCACCGCCGAGCUCAUCUACGGCGGCCUCGGAGCCCUCGUCUUCUCCGCCUACGUCCUCGUCGACACCCAGAUGGUCCUGCGCAAGCACCACGUCGAGGAAGAGAUUGCCGCCGCCAUCAGCCUCUACCUCGACAUCAUCAACCUGUUCCUGUCUAUCCUGCGCAUCCUCAACAGCCAGUCUGACAACUAA